CUUGGUGAGAGUGAGAGCAUAGCAACCAUAUUGGAAAAGGGCAAACAAACACUGCAUAGCAGGAGUAUACUAGUAUAAUGGGCAAAUAAAUGAUCACAUCACUACAUACAUAAACCAAACAAGAUAUCCUGUAAGAGAUCACAGUGUUCAUUGAUUUUAUUUUGUUUUCCAGAUAGUGAAAACUGCAUGAAAUGCCCUGAUCAUGAAUGGCCAAAUGAGAACAAAACUCGCUGUAUUCCCAAGGAAGUAGAAUUUCUUCCCUUCGCUGAUGACACGCUCUCACUAGUAUUUAUAGUCGUCUCACUGUUGUGUUUUGGGAAGACUCUUUUAGUUCUCGUCGUUUUUAUUUUACACCAGGACACGCCAGUUGUGAAAGCCAAUAACAAGAGCCUCAGCUUCGUCCUCCUGGUCUCCAUCAUGUUGGGUUUCCUCUGUGUGUUCCUCUUCCUGGGUCGUCCUGUGGAUGUAACCUGCUUGCUACGCCAAGUUUCCUUUGGAAUUCUCUUUACAAUAGCCGUAUCUUCUGUAUUGGCCAAAACUAUUAUGGUUUGCAUUGCCUUCAAAGCCACCAAACCCAACAGCGUGUGGAAAAAAUGGAUUGGAGUAAAACUGCCCACCUGUAUAGUCUUAGCUUGUUCCAAUGUUCAAGUUAUAAUCUGUGUUAGUUGGUUGUCCAUCUCUCCUCCCUUCCAGGAAUUGGACACACACUCCUACCAGGAGAAGAUCAUCGUUCAGUGUAAUGAAGGGUCCGUUAUCGGGUUCUACUCUGUCCUGGGGUAUAUGGGGAUCCUGGCUGCUGUCAGUUUUAUUAUUGCUUUUUUUGCCAGGACAUUACCGGACAGUUAUAAUGAAGCCAAAUACAUCACCUUCAGCAUGCUGGUGUUCUGCAGUGUCUGGAUUGCCAUGAUCCCGGCCUAUCUGAGCACCAAAGGGAAAUACACGGUGGCUGUGGAGAUAUUCGCCAUCCUGAUUUCCAAUAACGGUCUCUUAUAUUGUAUAUUUCUUACAAAAUGCUUUAUAAUUCUCUGUAGACCAGAACUGAAUACAAAACGCUAUCUGCACAGUAAUGGAAAUAUAUAA